UUUUUCCGCAAGUCUGGUGGGCGCGGGCGGCUGCCCACGGACGUGGAGGCCCCGCGCUGCGGCUGCGGGCGCCUCCUCCGGACCUGCCUUUCCGAAACCACUGGCUCGGCGCGGCGCCCAACCCAACCCAGCCUCUCCUUCCCUCCCUUUUAUAAAACAGCCCACCCUCCUUCCACCCUGCUCCACCACCUCCAAGUUCCCCGUCGUCGGUGCCUCGAUCCUCCGUCCCCAACAACCUCGGCGCGGAUUCGAGAUGCGGAUGAGCUGCAACGGCUGCCGCGUCCUGCGCAAGGGCUGCAGCGACGCCUGCACCAUCCGCCCCUGCCUGCAGUGGAUCAAGACCCCCGAGGCGCAGGCCAACGCCACCGUCUUCCUCGCCAAGUUCUACGGCCGGGCCGGGCUGCUCAACCUGCUCGCCGCCGCGCCCGCCGGCGCCGACCACCUCCGCCGGGCGGUCUUCCGCUCCCUGCUCUACGAGGCGUGCGGCCGCAUCGUCAACCCGGUCUACGGCUCCGUCGGCCUGCUCUGGUCGGGCCAGUGGCAGGCGUGCCAGGCCGCCGUCGAGGCCGUGCUCAAGGGGGACCCCGUCGUGCAGGUCGACGCCGCGUCAGAUGCCCCGCCGCCGCCGCUCGGCUCCAGGGCGCCGGGCGCGGCUGCCUACGACAUCCGCCAUGUCGCCAAGGACCCCGACGCCGCCGCCACGGCCGACCUCCUCCGCGUCGCCCGCGGCGGGCGGCGCUCGCGGUUCAAGCGCGCCUCCUCCUCCACGUCCUCCAAGCCCCACCUCAAGGCAAGGGCCAGCAACAACAAGCGCGCGUCGCCGCCCAGCCCUCCCUUGAGGCAACAACAGGAGCAGGAGGAAUUGGAGCCUGAGCCGAUGGUCGUUGAGCACGACAAGGAGGAUUCCGCCGGCAGCCACGACCACCAUGGGCAGGGGUCGAUGGACACCGACGUGGAGGCGGGCUCCCACGUGAGUCAGGCCGAGGCCGAGGCCGAGCCGCAGAGCCAUGCGGCGCCGGCGAGCAGCCAGGUGCUGGAAGAGGAUCAGGAAGAAGAGGAUGUUGGGCUGGAGCUCACGCUCGGGCUCCAGCCAGCUGCCGAGGCAGGCGAAGGCGCGUUCUCCCCGUUGCGACCUGAACGCGCGCGGUGUCGAGCCUCAUCGGCCGCCUGCGGCUGGAGGCUGGAGCUGCCAGCCUGAGGUCAAGUCAACCUCACCUCGCACCUGAGAAGAAGACAGGUUUGAGAAUUGAGACCCCUGCCUGUGAGUGUGAGGACUCGGGAGGGCGAGGCAAACAACAGCAGCUCGAAAAAAAAUAGAUUUCUUAGGUUUCUAUUUUUUUAACCGUUUGCUCUCCUUUUCUUUCCUUGUAUAAAGGGUAUAAAAGCUGGUGGAUUGCACAGCAUAGCGUUCUCCUACUCGUGUCCUGUACCUAUGUGUUGGCGUCUUUGUUCAAACUCUUCGAAAAGUUUUGGCUCCGGCUGUCACAAAAUCGAACUUGAUUAGUCAACAGCAAUUCAGACUUCCAGGAUUCAAAAUGAAA